AUGGAUUAUCCCGCGUUUGUGCCGUGUCCUAUUCCGCUUCUCGCACAUCACCUCCGGCGUCCGUGUUGCUCUACCGACGCAAGUCGACCCCAAUGCAACGACAAGGUCAAUCCUCAACUUCCCAUCGCUGCCCGCAUUCCAGCACCCUCAAGCCUUGCUAAUAUCACUCCAUCGUCUGCUGCAUUACCAAAUCGCAAAUGUGCCUUGCUUUGGCUUCGACUCGGCCACCUCCGCUUGGCUGACAACCUUGCAGUUCGUGCUGCUGCGUACUACGAUGGUCCAGUGUUGCCAGUCGUCACAAUUAAGCGCGGGGAAGUCUGCGAGGCAGUAAUGGCAGCGGUUGCCUCCGUGGCGUCGAGAUUUCAGGCCCUGGGGAGCGCAAUUGUCCUGCGUAUCGUGGAUAACCACUGUCAGUCAGAAGGGAAAGCUGUGAGCGAUGUGGCUGACAUCGUGCGCACGAAACUGGCUUUCGUGAAUGAAUACCAUGGGGUCAACGAUCUUGAUCUACAACCGUGCAGGCAAGCCGGAUUGACGCUGCGGGUAUGCUGCGAUGAAAUCCCCCACUACCUCUCCCGUGCACAUGCGCCUGAGAGUUCGACGCUCUGCGAGGCGCCGAGAUCAUUUCCUCGUUUACCGCAAGUAGCACGGAAAAUUGGGUUGCAUUUGUCAUGUAGUGGCAAGCCACGAUGUGCUGAAACAGCAGCCAGAGUCAAACUUGCUCGAAUACUGCAUGCAGGGGGCCCUGGUAGGAACUCGGCCCCGUGGCUCCCUUACUUGCUUGGAUCCUUGCAUCAAGAGCUCCAUACAGGAUGUUUGUCGCGCCCUCGGGUCGUUUAUGAACUCAGAAGGGUGUGCAACACGGGGGCUUCAGUCGGGACUGGUGCCCAAAAUUCCAUCAAGUCCUUCUUUAAUCGAUUCCGCAAGACGCCUGCAAUCGCUUCCCUAAGCAUUGCUGCUUUCGAUGUCAACGGGGGUGAUAGACGCGGUGUCGAAUGGGAUGAGGAAACAAAAUCUUUUCGUCUGAAAGAGUGGGAGCACAAAGAACCUGAAAGACGAAUGAACCCCAAGGAACGUUGGCAUGAGUUUUGGCGUAGACGGCGCAUGUUCUUCACGAGAUCCUUUUUCCCUGACGACGUCACGCCCGACUACUAUUCAUUUACAGCAUGGAGGUUCUCUCAGAGAUGCGUCAGUGCCACAAUCGGAGUAUUUGGGACUUCGUCCUUGCUUUUCGCGUUGGGGAUUCGAUCAGGAAGAAUUGGUCAAGCCGCCGUAAUUUCAUGGGUUUUGAAGGAUGGGCUUGGACGGGUCGGAAAAAUGCUUUGGGCAGGAAGUAUGGGGAAGGACUUUGAUGUCGACCCCAAGAGAUGGCGCUUCAGGUCAGCGCUCCUCUAUGCACUUGGAAAUGGACUAGAGAUUGUCACGCAGAUAUUCCCAGCUUCAUUUCUAGUGUUUGCAACGCUUGCAAACAGUAUGAAGCAAGUAUCUAUGCUAACAUCUUCCGCGACUCGGAAUGCAAUGUACCGAAGCUUUGGCGGAGUUUCGCAGAACAUCGCCAAUAUUACCGCGAAGGGAGAGGCCCAGAUUGUGGUCGCAGAUCUCAUUGGCAUGGCCUGUGGGAUUCGCUUGAGCAAAGUCUUUGGAACAUCAAAGGAAAAGGUGUUGGUUGCUUAUCUCAUUUUGACAGCUCUCGACAUUUUCGGCAUUUAUAUGGAACUGCGGCAAGUGGUGUUUAGGACUCUGAAUGCUGAACGAUCGAACAUCCUCGUGAAGCGCUACGUGAGGAGUGGUGCUUUAUUGGCUCCCUCUGAUGUCUCACCUCAAGAGAGAAUCUUCUUGAAACCUCACUACAAGUCAGAAUUACGUCUUUCAAGUAUUGCGAAUGCGGCGGCGGAUCCACAAGAAUUGGACAUGCUCCUGCAUGUGUUUAGGAAGGAGCAUUUCCUUGUGUCCGUGCCCAAUCCAAAUUCCGGGAACCAGUGUCGUAUUGUACUCAGGAAGAAUGCAAGCAACGAAGACGUCAUGCGUGCAAUUCUAAUGACUGGAUAUGUGCGCAAAGCUUUGAACGGACGUACCAAGACCCAUGCGAUGACCCUUGACGAGCAAGAGAGUCUAUUGCGUAGCUCUUGGCGGUCGGCACGGAAGAAUUUCCCAGCGUUCCUGGAGAGCGCGAAACGGGCAGGAUGGAGCACAGAAAAUUUGCUGUUCGGGACAAUGAAAAGGAGAGGGUAUUGGGGGCAUUAG